AUGGGCAAGGGAACCCAGUUCCCCGGAGGGUCUGGAUCAAAGAUGGGAAAAUGGAAAGCAGAGGGUUACUCUACAUCCCAUCUGUUCAACUGCAGCAUGGUGGACUGUACGUGUGCAUGGUCAAAAAUGAGCAUGGAUUAAAAACCUCAUCUCUAAAUGUAACCAUUUUGUAUAAACCACGAGACACAAUCAUGACCAUAUCAGUAAAUAACAAAACAGUGUCAGGCUUUCCAGUAGAAGUCACUAAAGGUGAUGAAAUUACAUUAAGCUGUAUGUCCGAUGGAAGACCCUCACCUGUAUUAGAGUGGGUAAAUCCCAGUAAUGGCAACAAUAUUGAGAUUGGUCCUGGAUUUCUUCGUAUUCCGUACAUAACCUCAGAACAUCAAGGAAUUUAUAUAUGUAGAGCUACCAAUCAAUACGGAAGUGAUGAGAAGGAUGUGGACAUCAGGGUCAAAGGUGUAAAAGGUUCUGUGGCUCAAUUCUGAAGAAGAGCAGGCAAGUUCUCCCUGAUAUACUGAGGAAUCCUUAC